AUGGCAAUAAAUACAGCAAUCUAGGCGAUAUGGAUGAAUAUAUACAAAAAUACAAACUGCCUAGACUAACAGAAGAAGAAAUAGAAUUCUUAAAUAAUCCCAUAUCAAAGCUCCUGGCUGAUCCGUGCAGGUUACUCUGAAGCUGCUUCUGUUCACCACAACCAUGUCCAAGUCUUUGAAGAAGCUGGUGGAGGAAAGUCCGGAGAAGAACCAGCCCGAGGUGGACAUGUGUCACCGCGACAUCUCCAACAUGCUGGAAGUCCAUGGCUUGUUUACUUUAUCCCACAUUUCACAACUGGUUCUCAGCCACAACAAGCUAACAACUGUGCCAAACAUGGUAGAACUGAAGAAUCUGGAAGUACUGAACUUUUUCAAUAACCAGAUUGAAGAGCUGCCCACGCAGUUCAGCAGCCUCCAGAAACUCAAACACCUGAACCUUGGUAUGAACAGGCUAAAUACUUUGCCCCGAGGAUUUGGCUCCUUACCAACCCUGGAGGUCCUUGACUUGAGUUAUAACAACUUGAAUGAAAAUUCUCUUCCUGGAAACUUCUACCUUACCACCCUGUGUGCACUUUAUCGAAGUGACAACGAUUUUGAAAUCCUGCCACCAGAUAUUGGGAAGUUCACAAAGUUGCAGAUAGUCAGCCUUAGGGAUAAUGACAUGAUAUCACUGCCAAAAGAAACUGGAGAACUUACGCAACUGAAAGAACUACACAUCCAAGGGAACCCCCUGACUGUCCUUCCCCCUGAGCUUGGAAACUUGGAUUUAACAGGACAGAAGCAGGUCUUGAACGCAGAAAAUCAUCCCUGGGUUAAGCCAAUUGCUGACCAGUUCCAGCUCAGAGUGUCUCAUGUCUUUGAAUACAUCCGUUCUGAAACAUACAAGUACCUCUAUGGCAGACACAUGCAGGAAAACCCAGAGCCUCCAAAGAAGAAUAAUGACAAAUCAAAGAAGAUCAGCUGGAAACCCCUGACAGCCAAGAACAAAUAAGGAUUUAGCGUGGUUUCUCUCUCUCUCUGUCUCUUUGCCCCCGACCACCUCCCUCCACUCCCCCCUCUCUCUAGCAGGCACUUCAUGCAUUCUGUUUCUGGAUCUCUAACCUCUACCCUCAUCUACCUUUUAGUCCUUUAGGAGGGAUGCUGGAUUUCUGCAGAUACCUGUUUCUGUGUGACUUAUUAGAGGUGCCAAAUAAAGGAAGCCAAGAUCUGUUUUCAUUGCAAAUUCCAAAGAAGGCUCAGCUUUUAAGUCAUUGAAUAAGAAUCAUGAAGUUCCAUAUUAUCAAGAAAAAUUAAAACCAUGUAACCAUUUACUAUAACUUAACAAUGCUCAUUCUUCUCUUUCU